GGUCAAGAUGGAUACCACAGAAGAACCUCAGAGAAAAGUCUUUAAGGCCCGAAAAACAAUGAGAGUAAGUGAUCGGCAACAACUUGAGGCUGUCUAUAAGGUCAAAGAGGAGCUAUUGAAGACAACUGACAUUAAACUGUUAAAUGGCAAACAUGAAAAUGGAGAUUCUGAUCUAAAUUCCCCUUUAAGCAACACAGAUUGCAUGGAGGACAAAAAGGAGGUUAAUGGUUUAGUGGAUAUAUGUCUUAACCCUGAAGAAGGAAGAACUGAAAGUGAGGAAAUCUCUGAUGUCAAAAGUCCUGAUGUCCGGGCAGAGAACAAAGAUGGUGACUUAGAUUGCAAACCUGAAGCAUUGUCUCCUGAGAACGUUGUUUCUGAACAAGAGGAGGAGGACUCUAUUAUUGCUUCAAUCUCUGAGGGUGGAGAUGAGGUACUUGAUAACAAAAAAGAUGAUGACCUUCACGAAGAACAUAGAAUGAAAGAUAGUUUAGACCAAGGAGAGACAGAGCGCCCAUCUGAAGGUGAAAGCAAAGUAAGCUGUGAUGUUAAUGACUCUUCAGAAGAGAAAGCAGAAACAAAUGAAUUAGCUGUUAGUUCUGAUCUACCUGUUGAAGAAGAAAAAAGUGCUGAAGAAGAGGUUGUUGAUGAAGAUACUGUUGGAGAAGAAGCUAUAUCUAGCAGUAUGGAAACCGACCAGGAACCAAAGGAUGAAGAAGACCAAUCUGCAGAACUUCCAGAAACCGCCAUUGAAAAGUCACUAGAAGAACCAAGUGAGAACAUCUUAGAAAACACAGAUUCUAUGGAGACGGAUGAAAUAAUUCCAAUUUUGGAAAAGCUGGCCCCAGCUGAAGAUGAACUAUGUUGUUUUUCUAAAACUUCCCUGCUUCCAGUGGAUGACACAAGCCCAGAUUUGGAAGAUAAAAUGGAGAGCUCUUUGGGUUCACCAUCCAAACACGAAAUCAGUGAAAGUUUGCCCAAAGAAGCUUUCUUAGUACUCUCUGAUGAAGAGGAGCCAUGUGGUGAGAAAGAGGAGGAUGCUGAAGUGGUACUACCAAACAAGACAAGUUCUCCAGAAGAGGUGGAAGAGGAGGAAAAAGAGAGCAAGGAACAGGAUAAAGAGAGAGAAAAGGAAGAGCACAAAGAAGAAGAGAGACAUCCAGAGAGAAGUGAAGUGUCAAGAAGGAAGCGUUCCAAAUCAGAGGAUAUGGACAACGUACAUUCUAAACGUCGUCGGUACAUGGGAGAAGAGUAUGAAGCAGAGCUCCAAGUAAAAAUUACAGCCAGAGGGGAUAUUAACCAGAAGCUGCAAAAGGUUGUCCAGAGGUUGUUAGAGGAGAAACUCAGUGCCCUGCAGUGUGCUGUAUUUGACAAGACUUUGGCAGAUCUGAAAACACGAGUAGAGAAGAUAGAAUGUAGCAAGAGGCAUAAAACUGUGCUUACUGAACUACAGGCUAAAAUUGCUAGAUUGACAAAACGUUUUGGAGCAGCCAAGGAGGAUCUGAAGAAAAAACAGGAAAAUCCACCAAACCCACCUCUGUCUCCAGGGAAAGCAGUGAGUGAUACAGGCAGCAUCAGCAACCUAACCUAUCGAAAUGCCAGCACAGUGAGACAGAUGCUGGAGUCCAAGAGAAACACAGGAGAGAGCACAUCAACACCUUUUCAGCCCCCCAUGAAUGCAGUGUCUGCUCCCAGUCUUGCUGCUCCUCAAACAGUGGUCAGUGGACAGCCCAAACCUCAGACUCCUGUGACCUCCAGCUCCUUGACGACAUCAGUUCUCCCUACAGCCAACACAGCUACAGUAGUUGGCACCACACAGAUGCCCAGUAGCAGCAAUCAGCCUAUGUCUGUCUCACUGCAGUCUUUGCCAGUAAUUUUGCAUGUUCCGGUUGCAGUAUCCUCCCAGCCUCAGCUCCUGCAAGGCCACACAGGGACUUUGGUCACCAACCAGCAGUCAGGCAAUGUUGAAUUUAUAUCUGUACAAAGCCCGUCUACUGUUGGUAGCCUUGCCAAAACUCCAGUGUCUCUGGCAUCUUCUAACCCAGCUAAACCAAAUAACAGCCCUUCUGUGCCCAGCCCUGGUAUUCAGAGGAACUCUCCGGCCAGUGCUGGGCCAAUAGGGACAACACUGGCAGUACAGGCUGUUUCUACAGCACAUCCUGUUGCCCAAGCCACAAGGACUACUUUGACCACAGUGGCUACUUCAGGACUGUAUAAUCCUACCAACAAUCGGGGUCCCAUACAGAUGAAGAUCCCACUUUCUGCGUUCAGUAGUCCAGCUCCCACUGAACCAAGCACCAUCACAGCACCUCGAGUUGAGAGCCAGACAAACAGACCACCAACUGAUGCUUCAACAAAUAAGAGACAAACUGAGAGCACAGCACAGAGUGGGAAGGUCACAGGCAGUGACUCAGGAGGUGUCAUUGAUCUCACCCUGGAUGAUGAAGAUGAUGGCUCUUCCCAAGCAGAUUCCAAGAAGCAAAAUCAGUCGAGUGUGUCUGGAAUGAGUCUAUCCUCUCAGCCCUUGGUUCGCCCACUGCAGCCUUUACAGGCGACUCCUCUGCAGCAGACAGGUGUGCCAACAAGUGGGCCUUCCCAGACUACCAUACACGUACUACCUACAGCUCAGACAACAGUGAAUGUAACGCAUCGUCCAGUGACUCAGAGUGCUGCGAGGCUUCCCAUACCGAGAGCCCCUGCUAACCACCAAGUGGUCUAUACUACCCUUCCUGCACCACCAGCUCAGAAUCCAGUGAGAGGUGCCGUCAUGCAGAGCCCUGGUUUAAGGCAGGUCAGCCCACAGGGUGCAGGUUUGACAGUGCGAAUGCCUCAGACAACUGCCUAUGUUGUGAACAAUGGGCUAACCCUUGGAUCUGGAGGCCCUCAACUCACGGUGCAUCACCGGCCACCACAGGUGCAUGCUGAGCCGCCACGUCCUGUGCACCCAGCACCACUGCCAGAGGCCCCACAACCACCACGCCUGCCCCCUGAAGCUGCCAGCACCUCCGUGCCUCAGAAGCCACAGCUGAAGCUGGCACGAGUGCAGAGCCAGAAUGGUAUUGUACUGUCAUGGAGUGUCAUGGAAGUGGAUCGGAGCUGUGCCAGCGUGGACAGUUACCAUCUGUAUGCUUACCAUGAGGACCCGAGUGCCACCAUGCCUUCCCAGUGGAAGAAGAUUGGAGAGGUAAAGGCCCUCCCGCUGCCUAUGGCAUGCACUCUCACACAGUUUGUAUCUGGCAGCAAAUAUUACUUUGCAGUUCGGGCUAAGGAUAUUUAUGGACGCUUUGGACCUUUCUGUGACCCCCAGUCCACAGAUGUGAUCUCUUCCCAGAGCAGUUAAACCAGAGACCUUUGGAGCCAUUAAAACUUUCCCACUAUCAAGAGUGACUCCAGUUUGGGAUUUUAAUCCCAUACAUGAAAUUCACUGUUCAGUUCACUCUCUUUAGGAUUAUUUUGGACAGCCCUGUGUGAUACACUACAUCUGUUGAGAAUCCAAAGCAAAAUUUAUUCUCAGCCUGCAGCAAGAGAACUUAUUUUUCUGGACAGCUCAAGCCUUGGGAAUUUGAAAUCUAAAUGUUCCUCUUCCCUUAUGGCUGCUCUUUUCAGAGAUACCUACCCUUUAUCCAAGGGGAUUCUGGACAACUGGGAUUCUGCUUCAGAUUGGGAACAGGAUCAUACAUUGCACAGUUUGCCCGAAGCAAACACAACACGUCUGUGACGUGCUGAACAGUUACAGUGGCGCUAACAUGAGGACAGGAACAGACUCACUUGCUCCCUACAACUCAGUAAGAAGGUUGUGAGGGGAAAGGAUUCUGAGUCUGACUUCUUUUGAACUGGAAGAUUGAGUAGUUUGGUUUCAUCUUAUAAACAAGUCCAUUCUUCAGAAGGAAAGAAAUCUUGAGUCUGUCCAGUGCAGGAGGGGUGUGUGUAAAUCUGGAGGUGGUGCAAAAAAACCCUCACUACUCUCCGCUCCCCACAUCCCGGUUAGAAUCUGGGAGUAUUAUCAAAUCAGGUCUGAAGCUGGUUUGUAGAGACUUCAUUCACGUUUUCUCUUUGUAGCUCAGAUAAUUCUCUGCCCCCUCCUCAUACUUCCAGCCCUGUUUUUUUAAAUUUAUUUUGUGCCUUAAAGAGUAAUUUCAGAAAUAAAUGUAGCCAGAUCUCUGUUGUGUUGGUUAGAUGUGGUAUUUUUUUCUUCACCCUUUUAGCCUCCUGUUGCUGCUGCUCCUCUUCCUGGCCCCAAUACAAUUGCUGUAUUCUGACAGUCCCCAGAAAGUCUAGCACUGGUAUCUCUGGGUUCAUUCGCCCCUGUGAUAUCAUUCAACGCAACAGGCAGUUCUUGAGUGGCUGGUUUUAUCCCGUGAAGAUGGUUAGUAGGUUAUACAGACAGUAUUCUGCAUCAGCACCCUUCCCUGUUCUCCUGGGAAGGCUGCAUGCUAGAUUGGCCAAAGGAAUUCUGUGUGGCACUGAAAGUCUUCCAUUUCAUCCCACAUGCUAUGGAUGCUGUAUUAAUACAAAAAAGUAUCAAGAUAAUGUUGGUUCCCCAUCUCUUCUCCCAGCUCCUAGUCCAUCUCCACUGGAUAAACAACCAAAUCCAGAACACGGUUUUGGAAAACUUUUAUUUCACCCAUUGGCCCAAAAGUUGUAGAGCAAGUGCAGACUUCAGUAGGACCUUUCAUGAUGCUUAUGAAUUGGACCAAAACGAAAGCUGCUUUUCCACCCUGCAUUUAUUGUGGCUUGAUUUGAAAAGACCCACAGACCUACACACACAUGUGGCAAGUAAGAUUCUACCUUGCCAUCUUUCGGAAGAAUAGAGCUGGUUUGUCAUCUUUCCUGCCCAGCAGAGUCAAACAACUUCCUGGGCAGGGAAAGGAGCCAUCCUUUACCCAUUUCACUGCCUUGCCCAGCCACAGUAGAAGCCAUUUUGCUCUCUUGUCCCUUGAAACUACUGGAUUUUGAACUAUAAAAUGAGGUUGGAAAGUCUAAAUGCCAGAAUAUGCUAAUAAAAUGUGUUUGGGGA